AUGGCCACAGUAUCAUCAACAAAGGAAUUUUCUUUAAGAUGGAAUAAUUUUUCCAAUAAUCUGUCUUCUGGUUUCCUUUCUCAUUUGAGUGAAAAUGAUUUGGUUGAUGUAACACUUGCUGUGGAAGGACAGUUGUUAGCUGCUCACAAACUAGUCCUUUCUGUGUGUAGUCCCUACUUUAAAAACAUAUUUAAGGAAAAUCCCUGCCAGCAUCCAGUGAUAAUAUUGAAAGAUGUAAAACACGCAGAGAUUGUAGCUUUGUUGAGGUUUAUGUACCAAGGAGAAGUGAAUGUGAGGCAGGAGGAUCUGCCAACUUUCCUAAAAGUAGCUCAGAUGCUUCAGAUAAAAGGAUUGGAAGGCAGUGAAGGGCAAAUCAUACCAUUGUUAAACAAUUAUGCCAAUGUAUCAGAUUCGCAAUAUGAUUCUGAAAAUAUAACUACCUUAUCAGAUGUCAUGAAUGAACGAGAAAAUGCUUCAGACGAAUCUUCACAUUCUCACAAAAUAACCAAAAGAAACACCAAAAAGAGAAAGAAACAUGUGAUUGAGAAUGAUUACAAUUUAGUAAAAGAAUCCAAAAAUGAACCAAACGUCAACAGCAAGGAUAUCUACCUUUUAACAGAUGAUGAUGAGAAAGAAGUUAUUGACUCUGAAAAUGAAAGAAACAAUUUUGCUGCUCAUAUCAAGCACAACACAACCAGUAAUGCUAAUAAUGAAGAAAUAAUUGAAUUGCCUAAUGAAUUAAAUUUGGAAGAAAAUUCGAUACAAUCAGCUGUGGAACCAGUGAUUUAUAGGCUAUCUGCCAGAGGCAAGCCGCAACUGGUUCACGAGGGAUAUGUAUACAAUUUGACUUCUCGUUCCAAGAUCUACAACAACUCGCAUUACCGUUGCGCGGAGCAGCAUCGCGGUUGCCGCGGCAAAUGCUCGGUGAUCGCCGAAAGUUUCAUGCCGACGGGGGUGCACGAUCACAAUCAUCCACCGAGUUACGAAUCGGAAUACGAUUACAGGAAGAAAAAAGGUUUAGACACCAGCAAUGUCUAAGGGACAUUACUCCAUGCUGUAUUUCAAAGUGCUUUGUAAUUAAAGUCGGAUACAUAUAACUUGCUCCAUAUAUAUCUUCAAUAUCUAAUAACUGAAACAGACGAUAUGCUACAAAGUAAGAGAAGGUAAAUAUUCAGAUUCCUCUGAUUUGGACUUAAGAAAACAAAAUAAUUUUUGUAUAUUAUGUAAUUCUUUGAUUAAAAAUCAAAGAUUUAUAUCCUAGUGUAGAGAGACCAUUACUGGCAAAAUAUAGAAUCUAAAAAUUAGUCUUGUAAAAUAAUUAGAUUCUAUAAUUUGGCAGUGCCAUGCGCUCUGCUGUUCAGUGAAAUCGAUAUUUUGUUCACACAAUUUAUAUUUGUAGUAAUUCGUUCACAUAAUUUAUAUUUGUAGUAAUAGAUAUUUUGAGAAAUUAUUCACUAUAUAUCAUUACACUGUUAAAAUUACAUCUGAUUAAAAUUACAUAUAUUGAUAAAUUAUUUAUUAUAUAUCAUUACAUCGUUAAAAGUAUUAUGUUCCUAAGACUUUAUAUAAAUUUUUUAACGCAAAUAACUUCUCUAUGAUUGAAUUACAUUCUAGGAUGUUUCCAUGUAAAUAAAAUUAAUUUUUUAUAUGUAGUUAUAUUCGAACUUUCUUUCAAACUGUUAAAAUUUUUGAUUUGAUCCUGUGCUGAAUUACAAUAUUAUAGAAUUAAAAAAUAUUUUGCAAAAUUCAUUUUCGUAGUAAAAAUUGAAAUGAAUUAGUUUUAUUGCAUAUUUUUUCUUCCAUAAUCCGUUUUCAACUCCAUUAAGAUCAAAUUGCUUCUUCUGAUUAUCUUUAUUUAAUGCUGAAGUCUUUUAGAGAAGUCUUUUUUGUAGAAGAAAUGAAUUGUAUCUUUCUGAAUAUUUUCUGCUAAUCCUACUGAUUUUUCGAGUGCCUUUUUUUUCUCAGAUAAAAUUCGCCGAGUUAAUUUGAUAAUGUAAUUACACUGACAGAAUAAAUUCGGCUUGAUUCUCUAAUUAAAUAAUAAGUUUUUAUUUAUAAAAAAUCAUGAAUUUUUCACUGAACAGAGGCGUUCAUAUGUGAAAGCCAAAACGAAAGCUGUGAAUUAAAUGGACAUGUUAAUAUUAGAUGAGAAGUACAAAUGUUGGCCUAAUUUUAAAGACACUCUUUGCACAUUAUAAGUAUUUCACGACCAAUAUAUAUAAAGAGUUCAACAAUUAUUAUAAAAGAUCAACUAUAUAACGCUAUUUAUAUAAAGUUGAUUGAAACAUUGUUAAUUCUUAUAAAUGUCCACAUUCCCAUACAAAGAUAUAUACAUUCAUGUAUAUAAUACAUUAGAUUUAAAUGCAAUACUGUGAUGUGUCAGUUUGUCAACUUUCAGAAUCUAAUAAAUAAUGAUUUAUAUUUACGUGACGUCAUUGAAUAAUAACGUAAUUGUAAUAUAUACAUUCCUUAGAUUAAUGAUAAUCUGCUUUAAAUCGGAUUUUCAUGUACAUCGAAAGGAGAACGAUUGAACUUUCAAAGCUAUAAUAUAUACAAGUAUCAUUAUAUCUAUUAUCUUGUUUGACUUUCAUUUAUAGAUAUUUUUUAAACGCGCGUUUUGAUAUCGUUAUUUCUCCGUUUUCAUGAAGGCACCUGGUCACUUCAUUAUCAUUAUAUUCAAAUCCUCGCACGCACAAUGGAAGAUUUUUAUAAAAUGGAGCACACACUGCCGUAAUUUCCUGUUAACACAACCUGUAAGUUGCUGUUAUCAUUAUAAUUACAAAACACCGUUUAUGUUAGCAUUAUAACGAAGUUAGCAAAAUAGAAAUGAAAGCGUCGAGAUAUUUUUUGUCUAGCAACUUCUACGGUUUUAUUCCUAUAAAUAUAAGCCAAAGAUAAUAGAAAGAGUAGCUAUUAAAAAAUUAAUAUAUAAUAAAUAUAUAAUAUUCUUGUGUUCAAAUGAAUAUAUUAUGAAUAUAUUAUUUCUUUUUUGUUACAUUUAUCAAGUCCUAAUGAUUAUUUAUCAUCGUCUUCGACUUAUAUAGGAAUAAGUCCGUAAAUAUUACUAAAUAAGAAAAGAACGUGUGUUCAAUCCUAAUUUUGAGACUAUAUACAUUGAGAUGAUCUAUCGAGAAAUAAUUAUUACGGAAUGCUCCAAUAAGAACGAAAUCUAUCUCCCUCUCACUGUUCCCUUCUCCAAAUUCACAAUUCUUUUGAAUUUUAUAAAACUUUUUUUUUUAAAUUAAUUAAUUUUUCCUCAUAAAAAGCGCAAAUUUCAUUCGAUUUUAAAUUGUAUUCUGUUGUAGCAAUGAAUUUGAUAUUCUAAACAUCCAUAAAAGAGCUUGUUUUAACUUUCCUAUCUUUCUGCUUUUUCAAACUUACUCUCCCGAUUGUAUCAAUUAUUGUACAAUCGUCGUAUUGCACUGCUGACAACUUUUGAUAAUUUCAUUAAUGCCGUCUGGCCAUUUUUUUUUCCAACUUGCGUUGCUUUUUUUCGCUUAUCUCGGGUUGUUCUUG